UCUCACUUCCUUUUCUUCAAAACGAGAAAUCCCAGUCAUAGCAAUCUAGCAAGAGCAAGAGGCAACAGAGAAAACAAAGCAAGAGACAGACAGAGGAACCAAGGCAUCCUGCAUCAAAGAGGGUCUUUAAUAUGGAGAUUGUCUAUUUCACAAUAUUUUCCAUUCUCUGUAUCUCAGGUUGCGAUGGAUACAAAACAUCGUUCACCCCAACAAUCCCCCAUGCACAGAACGUAACUACUAAUUGCUACAUGUGCCCGCGCACAACUACUAAAAAACACACAACUACACAACACACUACCCACCCUACUACACAACGCACAACUAUACAUCACACGACCCACCCCACCACACACAACACAACUGCAAAACACACUACACACCACACAACUACACAUCACACCACCCACCCCACCACACACAACACAACUACACAACACACUACACACCAUACUACACAUCACACUACCCACUCUACAACACCCAUCACAACUACACAACACACGACCCACCCUACCACACACCGCAGUACACAUCACACUUCCCACCCUAGAACACACAAUACAACUACACAACACACUACCUAUCCCACAACACACAAUACAACUACACAACACACUACCUAUCCCACAACACACAAUACAACUACACACCCUACUACACACAAUACAACUACACAACACACUACACAUCCUGCUACACAUAACACAACUAGACAACAUACCACUCAUCCUGGUACACACUAUACCACGAGCCACACCAACCACACAAGUACACCUCAUACAACGAUGCACCACACUACUAACAGCACACAGCACCCCACUGCAGUGCCAUUCCCACCGGAUUUCAUUGUUAAUGGAAGCGCAGGGGUCUGCCUUCGGAUCACAGCCUUUCUUGAGAUAAAAUUCAACCUAACAAAAGAAGAAGUGAUUCAGAUCCCACCACCACCAGCUACAAAUGUUUCAGGAUACUGCUCAGAAGACCACGUCAAUGUGACGCUCUACAUUCCCAAUCUCCAGCUCACUCUGACAUUCACAAAGGAUAAGAAAUUCUUCUUCCUGGAAGCAGUAGAUAUACAUGUGCACAUGAAAGAAGGAAAGAUAACUAGCAGUGUUACUGAGAAAGACAUGGUCACUCCACUCGGCCAUUCAUACACCUGCCACCAAUUUUCUGUGGACUUCUUAAAAACUGCCCUGAGACUAGAGGCAACAAACAUCACGGCCCAGGCAUUUGAUCUGCAAGGGGGACAUUAUGGGACUGCUGUGGACUGUUCGACCAAGCCACCCAAUAUGACCAUUCCUAUUGUGAUCGGGGUAGUCCUUUUGAUUCUGGUCUUGGUGGUGGUCCUCGCUUACAUCUUCGGGCGCCACCGGAAUCGCAGUGGAUAUCAGACAUUGUAAAGAAGUUCUGUGACAAACCACUGUCCAGAUAAUCUGGACUGUAUUGGAGCUGCACCAGGAAAGAUAAAGUUACUAGCUGAGUUGAAAGGUCACUAUCCCAUCCAGCAUUCUAAAUUU